AUAAAGUGUUUGGUUAUAAAAGAAUUGAUUUUGGAACAGGUAUUUGCAGUUAAAAAGUUGUUUCAAGAAGAUUGUAAUACUCCAACUGUUUUAUAUAUUUUAGGAUGGAAGCUAACAAUGAAGAUAAGCACAAAAAAUGGUUGCAGAAAAGAAAAUAUUCUUUUAUUGCUUUUUCUAUUCAAAUGAUUAUUAUCGGAAUGGAAUGGAGUCUUACCGUUGUUACACUAUGGUCGUAUAUAAAGGAAAUGAUUACCACAAAUAAUCCAAAACUAAUUUAUGGUCUUGUUUCCGUGUCAUACAUGUUUGCAUCUACUAUAACAACACCGUUUGUUGGAAGAUAUGUUGAUAGGCGUCGAAACAUCAAUACUUGUUUUUUAAUAUGCAACAUGUAUAUGCUUAUUGGGAAUGUGAUCUACAGUCUUCCUUUUUCACCCUUAUUUUUAAUUGGAGGAAGAGUUAUAUCUGGCUUUGGCGGAGCAUUAAAAUCUAUUAUUUACAGCGAAACAAUUCGCAGUUACCAAGCAAAUGAAAUAAGUUCAAAGCUAUCAGUCUUAUCAAUGAUGGUAUACUUUGGAUUCAUGCUAGGCCCGGGCAUAAACUUCUUUUUUAAAAAUAUAAACUUUUUUAUUGGUGAUUGGCAUUUACAAUACGUAAAUUUUCCUGGGAUUUUUUUGAGUGUUUUGUGUUUUAUUAUGGAGAUACUUACUAUGACAAUGGUGUAUGAUAUUUCUAAAGAGCUUGAUUACAUAACUCUAGAUAAAAACAGUUCUUCAAUUGAUAAAAUAAAUGAGUUAAAUAUCGAUGAUAUAUUUAAAACAGCAGUACUUCAACCAAAAAAUUCAAACCAACAUAGCGUAAUAAAGAUUUUAAAAGUAUUGUUUUUUAGCGUUGAUUCAGCACUGGUUUUGUUUUCAAACUUUUUUAUAGCUUUUUUUUUCAUUAACACAGAUAUUUGGCUACCGCUAUUAAUUAUUGAGAAAAUGAGCCUUUCGGUGAUGGAAAUAAAUAUCUGUUAUUUUGGAGUAAGUGGAAUCUGCGCAAUCUUGUUGAUACGAAUUAUAUAUAGACCGUUUUCUGAUGAAAAGAUGAUGGUAAUAACAAUUUUAAGCUUAGUAGGUUUUUGCAUCGUUAGCGCUGGUUUCAUUAUUCUUUCAUAUAUUCCCGACAACAAAGCUUUAAACAUUUUAAUGAGUAUUGUUUAUAUGACAAGUUAUGCAGGUGCACCUAUAAUUACAGAUGUUUAUUUUGUAAGCACGCUUGCUAAAAUGGUAAAUUCAAAUGUUCUGACAUUUGUAGACAGUGUUCGAUCUUCAAGUUAUACUGCUGGAGCAAUGAUGGCUUUUUCUUUCUCUGCGUUCAUUUUUGAUUAUGUUGCAAUGUUUGGAGCAUUGUAUAUUGUCAUUUUGGUAGUUAUUGCAAUUCUGUUUAUUUGCAGAAAAAAGCAUUUUAUCAAUCCAAAACUAAUAAUAUAAGUGCUUUUGUUUGAAUAGUAUAAGUGCUUUUAGUUGCUAUUACUAAUAAUAUAAGUGCUUUUUGUUGCUACUGCUUUUGUUGUGUUGUUAUUGGAUGUAACUUGUAGAUAACUAAAAUAAUUUUGAAUAGAUUUAAAAAUUGAAACUUGAAUUA